ACUGCUCCUGGGAGGCUGGGGUCCAACACAGCUGAGCUCCGAGUCAAGUGUGAGGCUGGCUUGAAGAAACAGCAACGAGAGGGAGUGGGAGAAUCGCCACCCUGACCUGAGGCUGAGCAGCAGUAAGCGCGGCAUUCCCGGGACCUCCCAGAGCCUGUACACCACCUCCACGUCGGCUCCCAGUCCCAGCUGUGACAGCCUGUCAUCAAGAAGAAAGAUGGUCUGGCCGAGUGCCCAGGGGACGAGGAUGGGCGGGAGCUGCAGAAGAAGAUGAGUCCUCGGGUCGGAUCCCAGAAGUUCUUCGAGACGUUCCUGCGAGUUCUGAUCACGCUGAGCGCGGGAACGGCCAUCGUCCUCUCCUCCAUCUCCAUCUGCGAUGGCAAUUGGCUCUCGGCCCCCGAGCGGCCCCUCUUCGGGGUGUGGGACACCUGCAGGGCCGACCAGGACCCUCCGUGCUCCGAGGAGGCGGUCAGACUCGGCAAAGUGAUGGUGGUGGUGCGCACCUCCACCUGCCUGGCGGUGGUCCUGGCCAUCUUCGGGAUGGAGCUGAUGAUGGUGUCCCAGCUGUGUGAUGAUGGCCAUUGCCGCAAGAGGUGGGCCAUGGGCUGCGCCAUGCUGCUGGCCGCGUUCCUCCUGUCCUCCGUGGGGACCGUGACCUACGUCUUCCUGCUGAGGGACGUCGCCAUCUAUGGAGCCUUCACACUGACCUUCUGGGCCCAGUUCCUGGCCGUCUUCCUCUUCUUCCUCAACGCCAUCAGUGGACUUUACUUGAAUCGCUUGACAGCAUGACUUCUGUCCGGGAUAAAGGCCCCUCCUCCUCUGGGGCCCUGAGGAGCUCUCCAGAUAAGAGGUGACUCCUCCUACUCUGGGGCCCAGCCCCAGCAGAACUGAUCAUUUUAACAAGUGUCUCCUCCUCUGGGGCCCUGAGGAGCUCUCCAGAUAAGAGGUGACUCCUCCUACUCUGGGGCCCAGCCCCAGCAGAACUGAUCAUUUUAACAAGUGUC